AUGUCGGGAAAAAGUUUGAAAAUGAGAGCUGAACACAAAGCUCCUGUAAUAGGGGAGUCCCUCUACCUGUGGGCAGGGAACCAGGUUGACUUACCUAGGGUGCAUGACUCCCUUCAAAAGAGGGAACUGACCUCAACAAUUGAUGUCUACCAGCUUUCUACUGCUGACUGGUCCUCUCACCUAACAAGAGGUACUCCUCCAUUAGGAGUAAUGGCCUACUCAUGUACCACCUCUCAUUCUAAUAUUUACUAUUUUGGUGGAGAUUGUGGUCAUGAUGACUGUUACCACAAUACGUUGAAUGUACUGAAUACGAUAAAGAUGCAAUGGACUUCUUGCAGUAAUGCUGAACAGUUGUUGAUGAAGAAAUGUGGUGCUGGAAUGAUAUCACUAGAAUUUGAUGGAGCAGAAUAUCUUGUCAUAAUAGGAGGGUAUGGUUCUACACCAACUGUUUACCAUCCUCAGUUUCAAUAUGAUCAACUUAAGACUGGUCGUGUUCGUACUAAUGAACAGUUACUUUAUAAUGUGUCCACUGGACAAUUCAUUGUUCCAUCUGUCAGUGGGCAGUGUUGUCCACCAACUAGUAGUUUCAUAAUUGAGAAGAUUUCUACUACCGGUAACAGAGGAGUAAUGUUUGGAGGUAAAGUGACUGUUAAUGGUGAUGGGACUCUCUGA